AAGAGAUCGUGGGUUACUCGACAAGGCUUAAGAACGGGGAGUUAAUUUUGGGUAAAAGAAUAAGAUAAUUAUCACACAACAAAACAAUACACACAAACUCGAAGGUAUAAUCGCAUAUAUUCAAACAUAAAAAUUCAGGCGAGUCUCGCGUCUUCCUAUUCUGCAAAAGAAAAUUCUUAAACCUAACCUAAUUCAGCGAUAAAUCUCUCUCCCCAACCACGUCUCGCGCUGUUAACAUUUAUCGGCCUUCGCUUCAUCUUUAUACAUGAUCAUUGAUUGUUGCUCCCGCCAUCAUUGAAAGUACAGAGAGCACGGUUUUGUAGGCUUAUCGGGGUGUCUCGAUUGUAUAUAAUUUCUGAGAUUAUUUCACUCGCUGAUCGACUCGUAUAUAAAUUUUUGUUGUUGUAAACCCAUUAUCCAAUCGAGCUUCAAUUUUAGCCUAAAUCAGGUUUGAUGGCAUCUUCUUCGGAUUCAUGGAUGAAAGAAUAUAAUGAAGCAGUGAAGCUUGCCGAUGAUAUCAAUGGGAUGAUAUCGGAACGAAGUUCACUGCCUGGAUCAGGCCCAGAAAUGCAGCGUCAUGCCUCUGCUAUAAGAAGAAAGAUUACAAUCUUAGGCACUAGACUUGAUAGCUUACAAUCUGUUCUAUCAAAGCUUCCUGGGAAGCAGCCUAUAUCAGAUAAAGAGAUGAAUCGCCGCAAAGACAUGCUUGGAAAUCUUAGGUCAAAAUUGUCCCAAAUGGCUUCAACAUUGAACAUGUCAAACUUUGCUAAUAGAGACAGCUUACUUGGUCCAGAAAUAAAGCCUGCUGAUGCCAUGGGCAAGGCAGCUGGCUUGGACAAUAAUGGCCUUGUCGGUUUCCAACGACAAGUCAUGAAAGAGCAAGAUGAAGGCCUUGAGAAGUUGGAGGAGACUGUUAUAAGCACAAAACAUAUUGCACUGGCAGUUAAUGAAGAACUAGAUCUACACACUAGACUUAUUGAUGACUUGGACUACCACGUGGAUGUUACAGACUCUAGGCUGCGGAGAGUGCAAAAGACCUUGGCAAUUAUGAACAAGCGCACCAAGGGUGGUUGCUCCUGCAUGUGCAUGUUGUUAUCUGUUAUUGGGAUUGUGGCUUUGGCUGCUAUCAUUUUUCUGCUUGUCAAAUACCUCUAAUAAGAAAGAAUCACGAGAUUAUAACAAAAACAGGGACUGCAUUUUCUAUGUUUGUGCUUCUUUGUGUGCUUUGACUUUUACUAUUGCCAUAAUGGCUGUAAUAUAGUAUAUGUUUUUUGUGAUUUCCUCUUGUGCAUUUGUGAAGAAUUGUGGAUAAUUCAAAUAACUUGUUUGAUGUGUCAUUUGGCACCGAUUUUUCUUCAA